AUGAUUGUGAUAGAGUUUAACUUUAGUGAAGUUGAAGAAGAAGUAAAGUACUCCAUUGAAAAAUUUAUAGAACUGGAUACCUCGAUCGGUUCAACUUCAUUCAAGACUUCGACAUCAGACAGUGCAGAGAAGCGGGAUGGUGAUGAAGAAGAUGACGUUCUAGCUGUUUCCGGAGUUGACGAUAGACUAUUAUGUUUUUCCCGUGGAUUGAAUCUAGCACCAGUACGUACCCAGCAUAAACUGAUAGUACGAAAUCUGUCUUUCGCCGUCAGCUGGCAAGAUCUGAAGGAUUAUAUGCGAAAUGCCGGUAGAGUUACUUUCGGACAGGCUCACACACCAUAUCGCAAUAUCGGAACUGUCGAAUUCGCUAGUCAUUCAGACAUGGAAGCCGCUUUUAGACAACUGAAUCAUACUGUGUUGAAGGGUCAACGAAUUCGCCUCGAAAAAGCCAGGAUUGAUUCGAUUUGGAAAAAAAAACAUUUUUACAAUUGUGCAUCUUCUUUGCCGUUCCAGAGUAAGAGAUUUUCUAAGCCAACUCGGUCCAAUCAUUCCUGUUGGGCGCCGAUCCGUACCCCUUAUAGAUUGCUCAUUUCAAAUGUAUCUGAUCGCGUCAGUUGGCAAGAUCUCAAAGAUCACAUGCGUAAUUCUGGAAACGUUACAUUUGCAGAGGCACAUAAUUUACAUCGCAACAUGGGAGUCGUAGAUUUCGCUUCAAAAUCUGACUUACAAGCCGCUUACAGACAAUUGAACGGUACUUUAUUGAAGGGUAGACGCAUUUGUCUCGACGAACUCAAGAUACCUAUAACGAGUAAUGGGGUAGAAAUAUCUGCCAAAGUGAUGAUCGGUUCACCGAAGGAAGUUACGGAUCUAACAACUGAUCAGCUUUCUGCCCAGGAUGAACUAGUUGAAUUGAAAAAUGACUAA